ACGCUACAACCGGAAGUGUGCGCCGUCCGAACCAGUUACAUCCGGGACCAGCCGGAGAUGAGUUUGAACGCACCACAGACGCGAAAAUAACGGAAGCGUUGCAUUGCUAUCAGAGCCCCGCGGCCCUUCUCCUGCUCCGCGGACCCUAACAAGCCCCUUACUUGGGGGGCUCCACAGGAGCACCUUGGUGCUUGGCCAGCAGGCGGCCUCCUUGCGACUGGCUCAGCUGAAAGCCCAGCUAGCAGUGACGCAGAUAAACAACGCCCUCGCUGUUGGCAGCCGAGUCGCCAGCUUGGCCUCCAACUCGCCUGCUGGCUACAUAGCCACAACACCCCCCUCCCCAACUGCUGCGGCCAUCAACCUCCUUAACCUUCUGAAGAUCGCAAACACCAUGUCCCACCCCCUGUAUAACCCCUAUGCCUCUGGGAACCAAAUAACCCCCCAGGCGCAGUACGCAGAGAGGGACCCUCGGACGGUAUCUGGACUUGGACCUGGGUCCAGCUUCGGCUCCACUGGAGCUUCCUCGGGGACUUCUAGCAGCUCUGGGAGAGGACCUCCAUCUCAGCAGCCUCAGCUGAUGAGCUACAGGCCUGAACAGAGUAGGACCAUGAUGGACGAGGGCAUUGAGAGGUCUAUAGACAUGCAGAUUAGCAGAGCAAGAGAGGAGGUGAGGCUCCUCUGCAAAUCAGCGCAUCGGCCCCUAGACUCUCGAUACAGUAGCAUUCAAAGGGAGAGUCUCUCCUCGGGCUCAGGGGUGGCUUCCUACCCAGUGUCCAAGAACUCUGCCCCUCCAGGGCAUAGCUACCCGGCAGUUGAAAGUGUCAGCAGCUCCUCGGACUGGUUGUCAAACUACAAAAGGCCCUCUGCAGAUGAACCCUCAAAAUGUUACGCACCGUCUGCCUCGUCAAACCAUGCGAGCAAUGUUGAUGGUGGGUUCAAUGCGCCCAGUGAAAGACCAUCCAUUCCGGGUUUGGGUGAUUUUGACAAACCAGCUCCCGACCCCAGAGCGCCCAGUCGACAACACAAGUACACCUCUGAGUCGGCUUCUAACAUACUUGUGCAUUUUGGACUUGAAAAAGAUGACUUGGAACAUCUCAUCUCGUACCCUGAAGACCAGAUCACCCCUGCCAACCUGCCAUUCAUCUUGCGGCAAAUUCGCAUCGAGAAGACCAAGAAAGCUUCAUCUGCGGCUCCAUCAAAACCCUGCCCCGAACCCCCACCCUGCAGAAUGACCGGGAUGCGCCAGGAGGAAAUGCCCCCAGCUGCUCUCCACUUGAGUAACGUGAUUGACUACGGGCACACAGGCAAAUAUACCGGAGGGGUUGGGGAAGGGAUGGGAAGGACCAGCGGCAGUGGAGAUACCAGUGGUGGGGGUAUGUCGAAGAUGGACACUUCCAAUAGCAGCGGACACGCUCGAGACCCACAGCAAAAACCAGAGUCAAAAAGCAGCCCGUUGGGUUUGUCUCGUGACCAGGCGACUUUUGUUUCCAGUUUCAGCUCUUUGCACAGUUCAGCGCCGAGUUCUGUUGCCCCGAGCAACGAUCCCACCAAAAGCGUGCAAACCCACGCGAUCGUCAACCCUUUCUAUCUCAAAGACGCAGACGUCAAGUCGGAAGCCUCCAAGCCCGUUCCAAUGAAAGAGCCAGAGGCAGUUCGGCAGUCGCCAAUAAAAACCCAACCGGCCCCCAAUCUACAACGCUGUUCGCACCCCAGCAGACCCAGCCUGGUGCUCCUUGGCAGUAACAAUGCCAGUGACAACAAGAACCAGAGUAAAAACCCAGGACCAGGGUCAUCCGUCGCAGAGCACAUGAAAAAACCGCAGCAGAUGCAGCCGGUGCCUCAGAUGCAGAUUCAGACGCAGCCGGUGCCUCAGAUGCAGCGGCAGAUGCAGAUGCAGACGCAGCCGUUGCAGCAGAUGCAGCGGCAGAUGCAGAUGCAGACGCAGCCGUUGCAGCAGAUGCAGCGGCAGAUGCAGAUGCAGACGCAGCCGUUGCAGCAGAUGCAGAUGCAGCAGCAGAUGCAGAUUCAGAUGCAGAACCUGCCUUUUCAGCAGCAACCGAUUCAACAGCAGAUGCAGAUUCAGAUGCAGAACCUGCCUUUUCAGCAGCAACCGAUUCAACAGGCACAGAAUCAGCCGGUACCGCAGGCCAUGUGGCCUCAGUUCUUUCCCGCCCCGAAGCCGGUUCCGCCGGUCCUUCAUGUCUCCGGCUUCGCUAACACCGUGCAACGCCCGGCGUUCAUUUGGGCUCGUGGCUCCCCAGCUGCUGGUCAACGUGCUCCGCUUCUCCCGACCCCAGGCCUGAUGCACUUGGUUCCCCCGACAAUGGCGCCUUCCAACACGACGCCUCAGGACACGGCUGCAGGAGCCAAGAGCCUGCCGACGUCAGCCAUGAUGCACGAUUACGCAGCAGCCACGCCCAGAGUCUUUCCACAUACUUGUUGUCUGUGUAACAGAGAUUGUCAACGUAUGCCGGAUUGGAUCUCCCACCAGAACUCCAACCUUCACCUGAGGAAAUGCAAACUCCUCCGGAUACAAUUCCCACAGUGGGAUGGUGAGAUUGCUCUCAGUGCUGCGGGUAAAGAAGCCGAGCCCUCCGCCUCUUCACAGACUUCUCAGCAUCUUCAGCAAGCCAAGCAUGGAAGCAGCUCCCGCUCCCCGAGCCCGCGGCGCCGCCAUCGCCCUGACGACCGGAGGGACAAACGCGGCCGGCGCUCACCCUCGCCGUACAGCCCCAGAUGCACUCGCAGGUCCCGCUCCCGCUCCCCGAGGUCCGACCUCCCCGCCUCGUCCCGCCAUCGCUCACCUUCCAGAAGCCCCCAGAGACGGACCUCGCCGAGGAGGAGAGAAGACCGACGGUCUUCUCCGAGGAGGAGCCGGGAUCGGCGGUCCUCUCCAAGGUGUAGCGACGGCAGGCAGUCUCCAUCGAGGAGGAGCGCUGAGAGACGGUCGCCUGGACAGAAGACGAGCAGGACGGACCGCUUGGUGAAGAAACUGCUGGAGACAUCAGCUGUCCAGAGUCUGUCCAAACAGUCUGACCUGGAGACGGUGGUCAAAACUCUGGCUCCGGCCUUACUGGCCGAGCUAGCCAAGAUGAAGGCCUCAUCAUCAUCCUCCUCCGCUUCCGUUGGAGAAAAGCCCUCCUCGUCUUCGUCCUCCAAGCAGUCGGCCAAAAAGUCUCCAGCGGAGACUGUUACCAAGAAGCAAAAUAAGCCUUCCCAGAAAAAACCAGCCCCGGCCAGCGCCCCCACUCCUCAAACCGCUCCCCCCUCCACAAGAAAGGCCCUCGACCCUAAACCUGCCGUUUCUACUCCUAAAUGUCCUGCAAAGACCCCAUCUUCACCUUCUGGAGCCAAAACGGCCACAACAAGCCAGAUCAAGAAAAGUGGUGUGAAAGGGACUGUCACUCCAUCAAAAACAAAGAACGUCUCAACCAAGCCAACAAAUAAAGGAAAGUUGCCUUUGAAGGGAGCUGUGACAAAGGUAGAACAACAAACACCAGCAGGACCCAAGUCCACACCUCAGAAAUCCACACCAGAAGAAGCUGAAGCCACGGUGGUCAAAAAGGAACUCGGCGAAGCAAAUGUCCCCAAAGACGCCGAACCAGCGGCGAGCGAGGAGGUGGGAGUUGAGGUGGAGGAGCCCAUGGAAGUGGCCCCUAGUGCAGAGAAAGGAGAAACAACAACAACAACAACAACAACAACCCUGGAGGCGGCGGCAGAAAGUUCAGCAGACGAACCUGCCGCCAGUCGACCUGCGAGCAGUGAAGCCGAUCCGGGGCGGCCCGAGACCUCCGGACCGGAGUCCUCGGCGGACGGAGCGGAGAGCGGGGCGGAGCCUUCAGGCCUCACGCAGGAGGCCGCAAGAGUCUGCACUGAAGCAACCGAGGAGGCCAAGCUGCCAGCUGGAGGAGAGGAGACAACAACUACGGGAAAAGACGAUUCGUCCAAUGCAGAGUUCUUCCUCGAAGACAAAACCCCGGAGGCGGCCCCUGAGAGUCCAGCCGACCAAUCCGGCGACAGGGAAGCAGGUGAUUCAGGGCCGCCGAACACCUCGGUGGAAGCCCCCCCCCUCACCCAGCAGAGCACCGGGUCAGAACCGCAGGCCGCCGCACCAGGGCGGCAGCAGCAGGAAGCAGCCGAGCUGCCAGAUCCUGUGCAGGCAGUGGAUGCCCAAGCAGAUGCAGGAUCAGCCGCCAAGGCUUCCAGGAGCAACGCGCCACUGGCCACCGUCACUCAUGCGGUGUUCUUUUGGAAGAAGCUCGGAUGCCACUUGUACCCCAGCAAAACACCGUCGGUGCCGGACACGACCCUCUCAAGGGAAGAGUUUAUUCUGAAAGGUCACAGGCAGUUGGUCGUUGGCAACCUGCCGGAGUUCGACAGCUGCUGCUACACAGAGGAAGACCUGGCAAAUGUGCUCGUCCCAUUUGGGUUUCAAUAUGCAGAAGACAGCAUCUACGUCAUUCCUCAGUCCCGCGUGGCCGUCAUCAUCAUGCCGGCGGCUGGGGAUGUGUACGAAAUGAUCACCGGCCCCGUCAGGGAGGGACUUUUCUUCAAAGGACAGAAACUGUCUUUCCGCGUUGUGACUGACAGUCGCAUGUUGACCCCGCUCGAGUUUUAUAAAUCACUGAUGAACUUGUUUCGUUACACUGUCGCUGGUGAUGGAACACAAACCAUCUUCAUCACCAACAUUUCAUGCAGUGAGGCCCUGAAGCUCAAAGAAUCUCUGAUAGAAAUCCAGCACGUCAAGAACUUCUUCCCCAUCCUCAACAAGGUGUUCGUGGACUUUGAGAGCUCUUGGCACGCUGAUCGGCUCGGAGUUUGGUACAGUCUCCUGAAGCGAGCCCCCAAUCACAAAAUCACCAGGCUCCUGGCGCCGGGCGUUCACAGCUACACCAAGAAACCCGCACCAAGAGAUCCCGAGAGCGCCCUGCCCCCCAGCGGGGAUGCUGUUACCGGGGCAACCGUCCCGCCAAUGGAGUUCGGCAUUCCGCAGGGCAACGUGGGACCGUUCUGGGUCACGCUGAGAUCGGAUCCCUUCCUGUUCCUCACCAAGUCUCCUUGGUUCAUCAUCCCCAAAUUCAAGACGGUCCAAACACUGAAUGAUAUUAAGAAGGCCGUGCGGGGCCCCAAGAUCCCGACCGUCAUGUUGACCGGGUUCCCGGAGGAAAACUACCGGCACGAGGACGUGGCCCAGCUGGUGCGCCGCUAUUUCCCCGGAUGGAACCUGUACUCGGUGUUCUACGACGUGGUGGUCUUACCCCUGCAGAGGAGGGCCUUCGUGUUCUUCGCCGACUGGGCCUCGUGCUGCGGGUUCCUCCGAGAUCACGUCAGGAACCCGGUGGCCGUGAGGCUCUGCUCGCUCACGGCUCACUUUGCCCUGGAGGACAUCAGUCCCUUCUCCACGGAGGAGGCGAUGUACUCGACUCUGAUGAAGUGGAGCAACGCCGGAGUUCCGGAGCCCGAGGGCCUGGAGGAGCGGCUGCUGUGCGUGGAGACCUCCGAGACGUCUCCGCACACCACCCGGGCCGUGAUGGGCGCCGUGGCGUCGCUCGCGCCCUUCCUCGGCUUCCUGCCGCUCGCCAACAGGAUAUGCAUCGAGAUGGCUGACUCCAGCGCUGUAGCCAAGGUGGUGACGGAAUUAAACAAUGACUUAAAGGAGUCCUCGGAGAAACCUGAAGCUUUGAGGAAGGUUCAGCAUGUGGAGACUUUGAAGAGCCUGAAACAACGUCUUCAAAGUUCUAGUGAGAACCCAAACGUCCUUGACGGCUCCGUCAAGGUCCAAACUGAGAGAGAGACCAGUGGCUCAGGUGGAUCCACCGUUUCUGAGCCCGUCCCAGCAGGACCAGGUGCCGGUGCUGCCAGCGACGCCUCCCUGCAAAAGGACCAUGAGAAACUAGGAACCUCCUCAAACUCCACCGUUGGUCCUGGAGACGGAGAGAAAGCAGAAGAAAGGGAGGAAGAGGAGUCACUCUCGACCUCAGAGGUCACUGCUGAUGUGACCUCAGAGGUCACUGCUGAUGUGACCUCUGACCCCCGUCCUCCCCCCUCAGCCACAGCGCUCGAACUUCCUCAGAUCAACGCCCACCUUUUCCAGGCCAUCGCGGCGGCAGUUCGCAACCACCGGCUGACCCGAGAGAGCCGCUCCAAGUGCGAGGAGAAGGAGAGGACCAGCCAAAGCAACACAAGCCCCAGAAGUUCAGCUGCUGAAGAACCACAAACGAAGAGUCGAGAUGAUUCUACAGAUGACGUGGCCUCGCCCGAUGCCUGUCGUUUCGAUGAGCUUCAUUUCAACAUGGAUGACUUUGUCACUGUGGACGAGGUUGGUGAUGACGUGGGCGACAGAAGCCCCGAGCCUCAUAGCUCCUCUUCAUCCGAGCAGUCCUCCGGACCAGGGAGGGGGGGGCAAAGCUUCAGAGGGUCUGCUGGCCAACGGACCUCAGCGAGCUCCUGGAACGAGUCUAAAAGGGCAGCAUCUGCCUCACCUUCCUCGUCCAAGUCCACUGAAGCCUUGAGCUCUUCGGUGUGUGGCUCACCAAAAGAGGCCAAGUCCUCCUCUGAGCCCACCACCAAGUCCUCCUCUGGGCCCACCACCAAGUCCUCCUCUGAGCCCACCACCAAGUCCUCCUCUGAGUCCACCACCAAGUCCUCCUCUGAGUCCACCACCAAGUCCUCCUCUGAGCCCACCACCAAGUCCUCCUCUGAGCCCACCACCAAGUCCUCCUCUGAGUCCACCACCAAGUCCUCCUCUGAGUCCACCACCAAGUCCUCCUCUGAGCCCACCACCAAGUCCUCCUCUGAGCCCACCACCAAGUCCUCCUCUGAGCCCACCCCCAAGUCCUCCUCUGAGCCCACCCCCAAGUCCUCCUCUGAGCCCACCACCAAGUCCUCCUCUAAACCCACCACCAAGUCCUCCUCUGAACCCACCACCAAGUCCUCCUCUGAGUCCACCACCAAGUCCUCCUCUGAGCCCACCACCAAGUCCUCCUCUGAGCCCACCACCAAGUCCUCCUCUGAGCCCACCACCAAGUCCUCCUCUAAACCCACCACCAAGUCCUCCUCUGAGCCCACCACCAAGUCCUCCUCUGAGCCCACCACCAAGUCCUCCUCUGAGCCCACCACCAAGUCCUCCUCUGAGCCCACCACCAGGUCCUCCUCUGAGCCCACCACCAAGUCCUCCUCUGAGCCCACCACCAAGUCCUCCUCUGAGCCCACCACCAAGUCCUCCUCUGAGCCCACCACCAAGUCCUCCUCUGAGCCCACCACCAAGUCCUCCUCUGAGCCCACCCCCAAGUCCUCCUCUGAGCCCACCACCAAGUCCUCCUCUGAGCCCACCACCAAGUCCUCCUCUGAGCCCACCCCCAAGUCCUCCUCUGAGCCCACCACCAGGUCCUCCUCUGAUCCCACCACCAGGUCCUCCAUCAAAGCCUCUCCCAGGGCCAGAAAGGCCGCCCCCUCUUCCCCACGGCGUAAAACCCCGUCUGCUCAUUCUGCCAAAGCCUCCGACGCUGCGUCCUCUGCUCUACGUACUCGCGCCUCCUCGGCACGUGAAGCCAAGCGCAUCGCCUCAGCAGGAAGUGGCUCCGAGCCGCUUUCAGAAGAACGAGACGCAGAGCGCACGGCGGCUGAGUCCAACCACGAGACGAAAGAGACAAACGUAGAACCGUCAUCAGAGACGCAUCCGCCUCAACAGGAGAUCGAUAUUAACGUCAACACACAACAGCAGAAGCAGAGCGAAGAAGAACAGGAAGAAGAUGACCUUGAGGGACGUACGAAGGUGAAAGAGGACGAAAGCUCCCAAAGUGUUGAUUCGUUUGGGGAUCGAACCGAUGACCCGAUGGAUGACGGGGAGCAAACACGCAGCUCUGGAGAGCAGAGAAGUGCACCUGCAGGAGGCCAGACUUUGCGUGACGAAAGCCUUCAGGUGUCGGACGGCGUCGGCGAUGAGGUCAUGACCUGCCCGCCCACGUUUGAAGAGACGGAGACUGGCGCUGUUUCCCGGGUGAUUGACAGCGUCACCGAAGGCGAAGCCGCUAAAGGUCAAGAGGACGGUCCGCUGCUUCAAGACGACGGCUCCACAGGAAGGUCUUUGGACCACGAGGCGAGUCAUGCAGAUACUUCACAGGUGUUGGAUACGGCUAGUGAACACACGCCAGAGGACACGGGGGACGAGAAGACGAGAGGAGAGGACGCAGACAACGAUGUGGAGACUGGUGAUGGACCAGUUCCUCUUCCUGGGAACAAGGAAAACUCACAGGACCCAGAAAGAGACGCAACGGGACAAGAAGCCUCUGAGGUGUUGGAUUCAGUCGCCGAUCUCACUUCAGCAGAAGAUCACAGCCAGAACCAGGAAAUGAAGAGUGGCCAAAUGUCCCAAGAAGACCUUCUGGCCACGGAGGAAGAGCAAGACGCAUAUCGGGUCAUUGAUUCUGUGGAAGUUCAGCCAAUGACUUCGGACUCUGAGACCGGCAUCAAAGGAAGAAGAAGCACGAGAGGAAAGGCGACUGCUGCAAAAGACAAUAAAGCGUCAAAGAGACGUGAACCCACAACCACGGCGUCCAAAAGGGCCGAGAAGGAGCCGUCCCCGAAGAAACAAGACCGAGCGAGUAAAAGAUAUGAGACCCGGACAAUGUCGGACCUCACUGCCGAGGUUUCUGAAAAGGACAAAGAGGUCCCUGAAGACGCUGAGUUUAAGAUCGUAGAUUCUGUUGAAGAAGAAGCGGUUCGAGUCGCUGCCGCCCCGGAGAUGUCUGUUAGAAGAAGUAAGAGAGGGAAGAAAGAGGACAAAACCACGUUGGAUCUCACAGACGCGUCGGAAAAAGCAGAGGAGGCCACUUACAAGAUUUUAGACUCUGUGGACGAUGACGAAGCAACAGCGAGACCCACCAGAGGAAGAAGAGGAAGGACCACGAAGAAAGAGGCUUCGAAUGAGAAGCCUGAGGACACCCCGACGGGGCGGAAGCAGACUCCUGCCAGAGAGGAACCAGCCGGGACAGAAGAGAGAGCCCCGUCCCGGAGGAGCGGUGGUGUGGUGAGUGAGUUCAGUCAGGAGGAGCGACCCGCUACCAGAAGCAAAGGGAUGAGGGGAAGACCAAAGAAAGGAGUCCAAACCACCAGAACCAAACGCAGCUUCACCUCUAAAGAUGCGCCUGACGAGGAGGAGCCCACGUAUCAGGUCCUGGACUCCGUGGGGGGCGAGGCGCUGGACGAAGGCACGGGGCGCUCCAGAGACAACGUUCUGAAGAACAUGGACCAGCAGAGGAAGAGCAGUGAAGAGCCCAGAGAUGAAGAGGAGGAGGAGGAGCCAGUGUAUCACGUCAUCGAUUCCCUGGAUGACGAUCCAGGUCAAGAGCAGCUAUCGACCAGAGGGGACGAGACACCAGAUGAAACCCCUUUGAAAGGAGGGUCAUCGGCUGAAGAAGAGGAGGAGGAGGAAGAGGAGGCGCUGUAUCGGGUCGUCGAUGAUUUGGACGAGUCGUCUGCUGCAGAAGGGUCGGCCCCAGCAAACGUGGAAGGUGACCUUCAGGAGGAACCUCAGAGGGUUCCUGCAGUGGACAGCGAGGAAGACGACACGACGCGCAGUCUGGUGAACCUGGACCAGGUGAGCGAGGAGGAGGAGGAGUACCCCGACGACGCGGCCGAGGAGGAGGAGCUGAGGAGGCGACAGGCCGCCGCAAAGGAGAAGCAGAUGGCCGAGGAGCGAGCAGCGAGGAGGAGCAGGGAGAGGGAGCGGAGGAGCCGCAGCGGCAGCAGAGGAGGAACGAGGAGGGGGAGGGAGGAGGAGGAGGAGGAGGCGGUGGACCCCAAGGAGCUGGUGACUCUGGAUGAGGUGGGAGCAGAUGACGCCGGAGAGGAGAGCAAGGAGUGGGACGGGGAGAUCACGGAGGCGGAGCUGCAGGCGCUCGUCACUCUGGAUGAGUUCAUAGAAGGAGAAGAGGAGGACGGGAAGAAGCCCCGCCCACCCAGUCAGGAGGAGGAGGAGGAGUCUGUGGACCUCCUGAACCCACAGGCUUUGGGGACUUUGGAUGAAGCUGAUGACGAGGAGAAGCCCGACGAAGAGCAAGCUGAGAGAAGAUCUGGCAAACGCAGAAGCAACGACGACGCAGCUUUAGAAGACGGCGUCAACUAUGUGACGGUGGACGAGGUGGGAGAGGAAGAGGAGGAGGAAGAGGAAGCGGUGCAAACCAGGAAAAGAGGACGACCCAAGAAGAGAAGCAGACAGACCCCAGUGAGGAAGUCGACCAGAGGGCAGAAGGUCACCACCAAAGACCAGAGAGAAGAAGAAAGGGAGCCAGCCGCCUCCCAUCCGCUGCCUCCAUCUGCACCCGCCGCCCCGCCGGCGCCGGACAGAGGUCCUUCUGCGGAGACCCGGGGGCCGGAGGAUGAUGCCGCCGGGCCGGCGCCGGAGGCGGAGCUUUCCGGGAACCAGGAGCCACGUGGGGAGGAAGGAGAGAAGAAGAAGGGGGACAUUAAAGCUGCCAGGAAGCGGACGAAGGAGCUUCUGGGACCCGAAGCCAAGCGAUCUCGCUCCGAGUCUCCGUGCGUCGCCGCCAUCGAGCUGCCGGCGUUCAAACCCAACAACCCGCUGGGUCAGGAGUUCGUGGUCCCCAAGUCGGGUUAUUUCUGCAACCUGUGCUCUGAUUUCUACCUGACGGAGAGCGCCGCCAAGGACCUGCACUGCAGCAGCCAGAGACACUACGACAACCUGCAGAAACAUUUCCAGAAGAGGAGUUCCACACAAAGUUCUCAAGGCUCCGUUUCCGACUGAUCUCCACGUUUAGUUUCUCUUUUCUUUUCAAACAUGUGAAACGGGGUGACGACAGACAGCUUUACUGCAGAGUGAAUGAUGUCAUAACUAAUGGCUGACUUAAUUGUAGCCUCUUUUAUGUAUAAAUGUGUAAAUAUCACAUGUAACAUAUAAAUACUCAAGCACGUAUUGUCUGGACUCAAACCUCCUCCAACUUUAAGUUACAUUUCAUUAGUCCAGUUACAUAUUUGAAUGUUUUGAACUUAACAAUGUUUCAAAUGAAUGCAACAAUAAAUGAAUGCAGUAUUCUUAAAAUA